UCAUGUGUUAAUGAAAUGUGUUUUGCUGUCGUUCUUUCAGAUGUGGUCAGCAUUGAGAAGACCAGUGAGAACUUCAGACUCAUCUAUGAUGUCAAGGGACGCUUUACAGUUCACCGCAUCACAAAUGAGGAGGCCAAGUACAAAUUGUGCAAGGUGAGGAAAAUCCUCAUCGGCACAAAGGGAAUCCCACAUCUGGUGACCCAUGACGCCCGCACCAUCCGCUACCCUGAUCCUAUGAUCAAGGUCAACGACACCGUCCGCAUUGACCUGGACACAGGCAAAAUUACAGAUUUCAUAAAGUUUGAGACAGGCAACAUGUGCAUGGUGACUGGAGGUGCUAACUUGGGGCGUAUUGGUGUGAUCACCAAUAGAGAGAAGCAUCCUGGCUCUUUUGAUGUGGUGCAUGUUAAAGACAGCACUGGCAACAGCUUUGCCACCAGGCUCUCCAACAUUUUCGUCAUCGGCAAGGGCAACAAGCCUUGGGUGUCCCUGCCUCGUGGAAAGGGUAUCCGCCUGACCAUUGCUGAGGAGAGAGACAAGAGACUGGCUGCCAAACAGAGCAGCAGCUAAGUCAACAGACUAGCAAACACCUUGGUUUGAAAUAAACAAUUAUUUACAACUA